UGGCAAGCUUCUUCUUUUGCACAACCUAUCAUAGCUUCCCCAGUAAAAAAGAUGUUUUCAAUUUGUCACCGUCACCGACCAACAUUAAACUCCAUUACAUAAUAAUGAGCACCCCUGCUCACUUCCACCUACAUCUAUUUAUAACCCCAUUUACCUAACACAUAUCUCACUGAGACACAGCCAAAUAGUAGUUCCCCUGCUUCGUCUUCUUCCCCAAUGGCGUCCAGAUCUAUGUUGUUGUUUCUACUUACAGCUACUGUCCUAGCUGUUUCUUCCUACGCAGACCAAGAUCAUCAGUUCAUCUCCCAGGAGGCUGUUAGUAGCACCAAGUAUGCCAAAUCUCCUCCACCACCGUCUACACCGCCGGUGAAGCCAGCGCCGACUCCCUCUCCUUCACCAUCACCUCCGGCGAAACCCUCCCCACCGCCACUGGUGAAGCCACCAACUCCGACUCCUUCUCCAGCUGUCCCCAAGCCACCCAGCCAUUCCCCUGCCCCUGCCCCUUCCCCUGUUCCAGUCCCCAAGCCCCCAACUGCUGCCCCUCCUUCUCCAUCGCCCUUUGUCAAGUCAAUCAAAGAUUGCGCCCCACUGUGCGCCAAUCGGUGCAAGCUGCACUCGAGGCCGAAUCGGUGCAACAGGGCUUGCGUGAGUUGCUGCAGCAAGUGCAAAUGCGUUCCCCCUGGUACUUAUGGCAACCGUGAGCAGUGCGGGACUUGCUACACUGGCUUGACCACUAAAUUUGACAAGCCCAAGUGCCCUUAAGAGAAAACUCUGUUUCCCCUGUUUCUUGCUACUUAUUGUUGUGGGUUUAGAAGCUAUGUAAUGUUGAUCAUCGGAAAAAGUCUUUGACGUAGAGAGACCAGCGGGAUCGGAAAAUCAAAUGGGGUUGCUUGAUAGUGUAAUGUUUUCUUGCUGCUGCUAGUAUGUUGAUCUUGUUCCCAUGUCCAUCUUCAUCAAUAUAAGAGCGUUACUGUUAAUCUUGAUCUGUGUUGGUUUUAACUUGUACAUCCAUUUUUCUCGGAGCAAUUCAGCCCUGCACAGAAGGUUCAGU